AUGGCCGUGAACGACACCAAGCUGGCCGCCGUGGCCGACGCUGAGAACCCGGCUGUGGUGUGCGGCAACGUCGACGACUCCGAGUCGUCCAUCGACUUCGCGGGGCGCGCAAACUGGCUGCGCGCGGCGGUGCUGGGCGCCAACGACGGGCUGGUCUCCACGGCGUCCCUCAUGCUCGGCGUCAGCGCCGUCAAGCCCGACGCGCGCGCCAUGGUCGUGUCCGGGUUCGCGGGACUACUGGCCGGGGCGUGCAGCAUGGCCAUCGGAGAGUACGUGUCCGUCUGCUCCCAGCGGGACGUGGAGAUCGCGGAGCUGGACCAGGCCGGAAAGCGUGGCGGCGACGAGGAGAAGGCACUGCCAAGCCCGGCACAGGCCGCCGCGGCCUCCGCGCUGGCUUUCUCCGUCGGGGCGCUCCUACCGCUGCUGGCUGCUGGCUUCAUCGUGGGCUACAACCUGCGGGUGGCCGUGGUGGUCGUCGUGGCGACGUUAGCGCUGGCCGCGUUCGGAUGCGUGGGCGCCGUGCUGGGGCGGGCCCCCGUGGCGAGGUCGUGCGCGCGUGGUGGUGGGAGGGCUGGCCGCCAUGGCCGUCACCUUUGGGUUCAUGAGGCUCUUCCGAGCCAGCGGCGUAUGACAGAAUGA